UAGGGAUUUUAUUUUAAUACGUUCACAUUGUGCCACUGUUUGCUGAGCAGCCAGUGAAAACAUUUUUGUGUGUAUGCAAUACAAUUCUAUAAAGAAUCUUUCUUCUCUGAGCGGGAAAAAGAAUUCGAGCCAGCCAGGAGUCGAACCUAGAAUCUUCUGAUCCGUAGUCAGACGCGUUAUCCAUUGCGCCACUGGCCCGAGAUGUGUUUCAGGUGGAUGUCGUAUAUUUUUAUACGCAAACUUAUGUCAAACAUGAUGUCUGUGCCUACCAAAAGUGGAUCUGAUCUUCGAACACAACAGCCUCCAACUACACGUACGUCAACGGCGGCGUCAAACGAAGACAACGAUCUCCCUCUUCAGAGCAGCAGAGAGAUGGACAGCAUUGGGAUCACCAUGCAGAAGAAAGCUGCAGAGCUGGAGCGGCUGGCCGAGGUUCUUGUCACCGGAGAACAGUUGAGACUGCGGCUCCAUGAGGCGAAGGUGAUCAAGGAUCGACGGCACCACCUGCGAACUUACCCAAACUGCUUUGUGGCCAAGGAGCUCAUUGAUUGGUUGAUCGAACACAAGGAGGCCUCAGAACGAGACACUGCCAUCAACAUCAUGCAGAAGCUUCUAGACCAAAGCAUCAUUCACCACGUGUGUGAUGAGCACCGGGAGUUCAGAGACAUGAAGUUGUUCUAUCGCUUCCGUAAGGACGACGGCACGUUUCCACUGGACAGUGAAGCCAAGGUCUUCAUGAGGGGUCAAAGGAUAUAUGAGAAACUUCUGAACACAGAGAACACCCUGCUGCAGACCAGGGAGGAGGAAGGUGUGACCUUUGAGCGCACGUUGGUGGCCUUUGAGUUCAUCGACUGGCUGCUGCAGGAGGGUGAGAUGGCCACCAGGGAGGAGGCGGAGCAGCUGGGACGGAGGCUUCUGGAACAUGGUAUCAUUCAGCACGUCACCAACAGACAUCACUUUGUGGACGGACCUCUCCUCUUCCAGUUCAAGAUGAAUUUUCGGCGACGUCGACGACUGAUUGAACUUAUUCACGAGCGCGGACGCUGCAUCCCCGAGAGCCACGACAGUCCCUUCUGUCUGAGGAAGCAGAACUCAGACGGCGGCAACACCAGCUUCCUGUCAGUGAGUCCCACCAAAGAGAUAAAGAUGGUGGUGGGCGUUCGUCGCAGCAGCAUGAGCAGCAGUUGCAGCAGCAGUGGUUAUUACAGCAGCAGUCCGACACUGAGCAGCAGUCCACCUGUUCUCUGCAACCCCAAAUCAGUUCUGAAGAGACAAAUAAGUCCAGAGGAGCUGCAGACGCCAGGAGGACCUUAUAUCAAGAAGACAUUCACAAUUGUAGGUGACGCUGUGGGCUGGGGCUUCGUGGUUCGAGGCAGCAAACCGUGUCACAUCCAGGCUGUGGAUCCUGGAGGACCUGCAGCUGCUGCUGGCAUGAAGGUUUGUCAGUUUGUGGUGUCUGUAAAUGGACUGAACGUCCUAUCUCAGGACUACAGGUCCGUCAGCCACCUGAUCCUAACUGGACCCAGGACCAUCGUCAUGGAGGUGAUGGAGGAGGCGAAAGUCUGAGGAGAGACUCACAGAAAAAUGAUAAUUUAAUCAGGUCAUGUUUUUACACCUGACCUCAGACGGUCACACAGACGGAGACCACCUGAACUGCAGCUCACUCUCUCUUUAUUCCCGUGGUUGUUUGGACAAGGUGGAUGAAAGAGAAACGGCGUCUUCAAGAAUGUGGAGUCAAUGAUUCAACCAGCUGGUAAAUCAUACAUGUCGUCCUAAUUUUCACUCACCUCACAGUGCAACAGCCACAACUUCCCACUGUCUGCAGCCAACAGUGACUGCACCUUCACGGUGUGCAGAACAGACGAGACGACUUUCCUGUUUCUCUCUAAGGUUUACCUUGAACUGCGCCAGAACUGAAGAUUUUAUGGAACACAAGACACUUUUUAACAGCACAAACCUCGGCGUGAAAGGGUAAAAACAGAAACUCAGACAAUAAGGAACAUUAUUAUCACCAAUACACACAAACACACACUGUUUUCUGUGUUUUGCAAGCACUUUACAUCAACACUGCAUUUUCUGCUCGCUAUCAAUAACUUUAACCAUUUAUAAUCUGAAUCCUCACUCUAAUCUGAAAUCUCUCCCUUCAUGGGGACCUGUCAAAAUGUCAAGGACAGUGUCCCCCACAACAAUCAUUUUGUGUCCCCACAAGGAUAGCUAUGCAUGAACACACACACACUGACCUCGUCCCCAUUUUACGGGCGUAAACUGAGACUCUUGAUGGCGCAGCGCUGCCCUCUGCUGGGAUAUACAAGCACGCACAUGCAAUGAGUACAACUAAAGUUGUCAGAAUUCAUAAAUGUUAUAUACAACAUAUAUACAAUAAGCCAAUUGGAGGAAAGGUUGUGUAAAAUCAUCCUUUACAUCUUUUAAAUUUGGAUUUCAGAUUAGAUUCAUAGUUUACUGUGUUGCUGCGAGGAUGUUGGUCGUGUACACAGUUAAAAUGCAGUGAAAAACUACAUUUAAUGUCCAUUGGCACAAUGUACAGAAACUUUACGCACAAACAAAAAAUGUACUUCUUCUCCGUCAGAUUUUCUGUUUACGGAAUCAAACGACAUAGAACAGAUUAGCUGUGAGAUUAAUCGUCUUUAUAGGAUAUUUUCCUGGAUUAUUUAGGUUUUUAGCAUGAGUUUGAAUUGUCCUUACAAUUCAAUGUAACAGUUUGUGUGAGAAGUUAAUGUUUUUUCUCAUAUUUAAAUAUUUGAAAUACAGUGUUUUUACUUUUUAUUUUAAUUUUUAAUUUUAAAAAAAGGAUAUAAUUGAAGAUAUAAAACAUU